AUGAAGAGUCAACUGUGGGAGGACUAUUCGUUUCAGCUUCCCUAAAUGAUUGACGGAGACAUACUCACUGCCUCUUUGCUGCACUCUGAGAAGACACCAAAUUCUAUCAUGAUCCUGGAACAGAAAACAACAUUUGCCGUUGUGAUUUUGCUAUUUAUUUUCUUGGGAAUCCUGAUUUUUGCUACUUGAAUUCUCCUUGACCCCUACCAGAGUAUGCCAGCCUCAGCCCAGGCUGAUGGACUUGAUGGUCUGGAGACAGGACAGUUUGACUGUGUUCUUGCUUAG